GGGGGAUUUUCGGUUGAUCAAAGAAUACCCUUUUGAUCAAAAUGGAAUUUUGAUUUUGCAAAAAAAAAAAAAAAAAAAAAAAAAGAUGGGAAUUGAUAUGGCUGUGUUCUGUCGUUUUCAUCACUGUUUUAUUUAUUCUUCAAAGGGUGAAAAGUAAGUAAGAUUCCUUAACUCAUUCUUUCUUUUACUUGUACAUUGUAAUUUGGUAUAUGAUGAUGGGUCCUGAAUUUGUUCAUUCUUUCGUUUAGGCUUCUAAUUAUCGCGUAAAAGUCGGUUCUAGUUGAAUGUUUUUAGUUGCGAUUUCAUUAACUUUCAGCAGUGUUGUGUUGUUUGGAGUUCAAUUUUAUGAUCUGUGAAUUUACAAAGUUGCCCAAAAGGAGGUGAAAAGAGAACAAAGUGAUGUUUUAUUGAAGUUUUUUGGUAUUAUUGGUUGAUCAGAGAAUACCCUUUUGAUCAAAAUGGAAUUUUGAUUUUCCAAAAUUAAAAGAUGGGAACUCUUCUAGCUGUGUUAUGUUGUUAUUCUUUAAACAGUGAAAAGUAAGAUUCUGAAGAGUAAGAUUCUUAAACCCCUUAUUUCUUUUUACUUGUCCAUUGUUAGUUGGUAUAUUAUGAUGGGUCCCGAGUUUGUUUAUCCUUCUUUUAGGCUUCUAAUUAUCGCGUAAAAGUCGGUUGUGGUUGAAUUUUCUUAGUUAUGAGUUCCUUAACUUUCAUGAUUAUUUUGUUGUUUGGAGUCAGAGGCGGAGCCAGAAUUUGAACUUUAUGCGUUCUAAAUUCUAUGGUAGCAACAUCAGCAUUGUGAGAGAGCAAUAUGAAGAAUGAUAAUUGGGUCAACAAGCCGGGGAAGAUGAUGAAGUGCUUCUGCUCGGGCGAACAAUUGCAGGUAGAUGAAUCCCUUGCCACUAAGGAUUACACAUCAAGUGUUCGUUCAUCAAGAGACGAAAAAUCUGAACAAACGCCAGAUACUGGUAAUAUUGAAGAAGCUGAAUCAUCUUUGCGCGAGAGUGGUGCUUUGAAUUAUGAGGAAGCAAGGGCAUUGCUUGGAAGAUAUGAGUACCAAAAGGGAAACAUAGAGGCUGCUCUACAUGUGUUUGAAGGGAUAGAUAUUUACUCAGUGACUACUAAAAUGAAAGUCACCCUUGCCAAAAGAGCUCGAACUCAAAAGAGACGUUCGCAGAAGUAUGAUACACCACCAAUGUCCAUACAUGCUGUGAGUUUGCUCCUGGAAGCAGUCUUUCUUAAAGCAAAAUCAUUGCAAGCUCUUGGGAGGUGUAAAGAAGCUGCUCAAUCAUGCACUGUUAUUCUGGACAUUGUUGAAUCUUCAUUACCAGAAGGCUUGCCUGAAAACUUUGGUGCUGAUUGUAAAUUGCAGGAGAUUCUCAGCCAGGCUGUCAGGCUGCUUCCACAAUUAUGGAUACUCGCAGAUGCUCCUAAAGAUGCAAUUAUGUCAUACCGCCGAGCUCUUCUUCGUCAGUGGAAUCUUGAUGUCCAAACUAAUGCAAAGAUUCAGAAAGAGUUUGCCAUUUUUCUUCUAUACAGCGGAAAUGAAUACACUCCCCCUAGUCUCAGAUUCCAAAUGGACAGUUCAUUUGUUCCCAGAUCUAAUACCGAGGAGGCCAUUCUUCUCUUGAUGAUCUUAUUGAGAAAGGUUACUCUACGAAUUAUAGAGUGGGACCCGUCGAUUCUUGACCAUAUCUCAUAUGCAUUAUCUAUCUCAGGUAGCCUACGGGCUCUGGCUAACCAAGUAGAAGAGUUGCUUCCUAGGAAUAUUGAUAGCCGUGAAAGGUAUCAUAUCUUAGCUCUCUGUUAUUACGGAGAAGGAGAUAACUUCGCCGCCUUGAACUUGUUGCGAAAACUAUUGAGUAGUACUGAGGAUCCCACUUGUGUUCCAGGUUUGUUACUGGCUUCAAAAGUCUGUGCUGAAAGCUUAGAAUGUGUAGGAGACGGCAUAAACUUUGGUCGUAGGGCUAUUGAAAGCUUGCAAGGAAGAUGCGAUCAGCUGAUGGGCGUUGCACACUAUGUCUUAGGUCUUUCACUUUCAGCACAUUCUAGAGCUGUGUUGACAGAUACCGAGAGGAUUAGGAUGCAAUCGGAAGCACUUCAAUCCUUGGAAUCUGCUGGGAGACUGACGAAGAUGAACGACUCCAAUGUCAUGUACCAUCUUUGUUUAGAAAAUGCGGAGCAAAGGAAGUUGGAUAUUGCGCUCCGUUAUGCAAGGUGCUUUCAUGAAUUGGAAGGUGGGUCUGCUCUGAAGGGGUGGAUGCUGUUGGCUCGGGUUUUAUCGGCUCAAAAGCAGUUUCCAGAAGCUGAAACUGUCAUUGAUGCAGCUGUAGAUCAGAGCGGAAAGUGGGAUCAGGGAGUAUUGUUGAGAACCAAAGCUAAGCUCCAAAUUGCACAAGGCCAAGUGAAAAAUGCUUUAGGAACAUAUAGUCAGCUUCUUGCUGUUCUUCAGUUCCAGAGGAAAAGCUUCGGAGUGGUGGAAAAUCUCAAGAAGGAAAGAGACGACAACAGAACUAUGGAGCUGGAAACCUGGCAUGAUCUUGCUUCCAUCUACAUUAAAUCAUCUCGGUGGCAAGAUGCAGAGGUCUGCCUUUCCAAAUCCAAGGCCAUUAGUUGUUAUUCCGCUUCGAGAUUGUAUAUUGCUGGUUUGCUUCAUCAGUCAAAGGGCCAUGACAAAGCUGCACUAGAGGAUUACACAAACGCUCUUGCUGUUGAUCCAUCUCAUGUGCCAAGUCUAAUAUCAACCGCGAUGGUAAUUAGGCAGAUAGGUAACUAUUGUCCUGGAACUGUUAUAAGUUAUCUGAGAGAAGCACUGCGACUUGAUCGGAUGAAUGCUUCUGCAUGGCAUAAUCUUGGCCUGAUUUACAAAGAGGAAGGUUCAGUAACGGAAGCAGCUGAGUGUUUUCAAGCAGCUAAUUCACUGGAGGAGACUCAGCCUAUUGAACCCUUCAGAUGACUACCUGUUUAUACAUAGCUAAGAUCUUGUCGUUUUAUGACACGAGGGAAAGAUAAGUGAUUUUGCUUGUAUUUCUUGAGCAUGUUUCUGACGCUCAAGUCCGGGUUCUUCCAAAUGAUUUAGAAUGGAAAGAUUUUGGUCAAAAGAGGAAGCUUAUUCUUUCUUAGAUCUGAUAAGAGAGGAGGUAGAUAGAGUCGGAACGUUAGGCUCUUACUGACUUCAUCUAGUACAUGGUCUUAUACAAUAUUUUCUUGCCUUUGGAUAUACAGAUAGUCCUGAAACACAUAAGUUUAUGAUACAUAGAGAUCUUUCUCCCCCGGGAUC